AUGCGCCGCCAAAGCAUCACACGCUGGAAAUACGUGCCUGGAUCAAACACGGGUGUUGCUGCAGCUUUUGUCGAGGAACGAUCGCCGCCCAUAGCUCGCAUCAAUGGCCGGCUUGACAUGGUAACCUUUGUCAAACCCAACAUGGACUACGCUCCCGAAGAAAACAUGGAUGAUGACGAAAUUGCUGCGCGCCUGUGCAAACCCGCUGACGCGCCAAUCACAGAUGACAUCCUUGAGAAUGAAUUCGUGGGACUCACACCUCAGGUCCCUGACGUGGCACCCUGCACGGAGCUGGUAGCAAAGCAGCUGCACCCACGCGCGCCGCUGUACGUCAUCAAGGCGGUCCCUGUCAAUAGUGCCCCUAGGAAGAGGAGGCUGGAGUCCAACCUAGCUAAACUGUUGGGUACACUACUCAUAGCCCGGGUGUACGGCAUAUACACGGUCUACGGCAUUUACACGAUGUACGGCAUAAUGCGCGGUUUGUGGGCUCAGUUUCCUUGCUGUACCGCUGCGGUGCGAAACGUGUGGCCGGUUCGCCGCUGCCUUCCUAGCGUCGUAGGCAGAGGCGUAGGGUUACGUGGGAGGAUACGUGGAAAAUAUGUGCGAGUGCAGGACCGUACAUCAACCUCAUCGUACUGA